AAAUCCAAAAUGGCGGACGAGGAAGGUGGCUCUAAAUUGCCAUCCAACGAUGAAGAAGAAAAAGAAGUUUCUCACAGACUUUGGAUGGGAAACAUAGACAAAAGACUCAGCGAAUAUAACCUAUUAAAGAUUGUACAACGGUUCGGCCAAGUCAAACAAUUCGAGUACCUCUUCCACACAAGUGGACCUCAUAAAGGAGAACCAAGAGGAUACUGUUUUGUUCAAUAUGAAAGCAAACAGGAAGCAACUAAAGCAAUGAAGGCUUUGAAUGGAAAAAUGGCAUUAUCCAGAGCACUUGUUGUUCGUUGGGCAAAUGAUGAUCAAAAGACAUCUCAACUUCAGGGAAAGAUAGAGGUCAAACAAAUUGAGGAAAAGGCUGGUUCAUCCCUCUCAUCUAUCAGCCAUGAUACCAAGAUACAAGCCAUUGAAGCAAAACUCAAGCUCAUGGAAAGUGCAAAUUAUUCUGACAACACAACAACACAUGGUAGCAAGCAUCCAUUACUUUUAGAAAGUGAGAGGAACAAGAACAAGCCGUACCAGUGCUCUAAAACAAAAUCAAAAACUGAGAAGUGGAAAAUUGUGAACAAACCAAGAUGACACUUGUGUAAAUGUAAGAAAUAAAAAUCAUUUUGGUAAAGAUCAGUAGAACGCAAACCAAUAUCCGUGACAUAGCACAAUACACAUCUAUUUCUUUUGUUUUUAAUUGUUUCAUUGGUGCUGUUUUGUAUUAAUUUGCCAGUGCUUUUUUUGCAUUAUUUAGCUUUCCUGCAAGGGUAUCUUUAUCUCUCCCCGGAUCCCUGUGUCAAUGGUAUGCAUCUCUUCUCAUUCUCCAUCCCUCAGUUUCUCCCCUACGGAAAGCCCAGAGAAGAAA